CCAGGUCUGCGGGUAGAGGUGGCCUCAGGAACCAGCACUGGAGCAGAGGCUGCUCGCUGUUUGCUGACUUGGGAAGGGGUUGACAGCUGAGACUCUAGGGCCACUGAGUCCCAGGGCUGUGCGCGAGCUCUUAGCUAUUGAGAAGAUGGUGGACCACUUGGCAAACACAGAGAUCAACAGCCAGCGGAUUGCAGCGGUGGAGAGCUGUUUUGGGGCAUCGGGGCAACCCCUGGCCCUGCCUGGCCGUGUGCUCCUAGGCGAGGGGGUGUUGACCAAGGAGUGCCGCAAGAAAGCCAAGCCACGCAUCUUCUUCCUUUUCAACGACAUCCUGGUGUAUGGCAGUAUUGUGCUUAGCAAGCGCAAGUACCGCAGCCAGCAUAUUAUUCCCCUGGAAGAGGUAACGUUGGAGCCACUACCAGAGACCCUGCAGGCUAAGAACCGCUGGAUGAUCAAGACAGCCAAGAAGUCCUUUGUGGUGUCGGCAGCCUCCACCACGGAGCGCCAGGAGUGGAUAAGCCACAUCGAAGAGUGUGUGCGGAGGCAGCUGCUGGCCACAGGCCGCGAGCCCACAACGGAGCACGCAGCGCCCUGGAUCCCCGACAAGGCCACAGACAUCUGCAUGCGCUGCACGCAGACGCGCUUCUCCGCACUCACCCGGCGUCACCACUGCCGCAAAUGCGGGUUUGUGGUUUGUGCUGAGUGCUCCAGGGAGCGGUUCCUAUUGCCACGUCUCUCGCCCAAGCCCCUUCGCGUCUGCAGCCUCUGCUACAGAGAGCUGGCCGCCCAGAAGCGGAGGGAGGAGGCCAGGGAGAAGGCCAGGGAGAGGUUUGGGGGCUCUCCACAGCAGCUGUCCCACCUAGGCGGCACCGUCUGUGGUGCAUCCAGCGGUGAUGACGAUGACUCUGAUGAGGACAGAGAGGGAGGUGGAGAUGGUGACUGGCCCACUCAGGUGGAGUUCUAUGCUUCUGGUGUCUCCUGGUCAGCCUUCCAUAGUUGACCCUCACCUGCAGUGUUUGCAUCAAGCCAGUCCUCUGCCGGAGACCCAUGCCCAUGGCAGUGGGGCAUGUGACAGGUGGCUGUUCCAGAGCCAUUACUAGUGCCUUUCUGCUAGACAGUAGCCUCUUAGGCCCUCGUCUAAGUCUUUUUCAGAUAAUUUCCUUUCCGUUUCACAUGCAGUCCUUGGUGACCAGGCUACAGCUACAGCCCUUGGAACUAGACCAGGCCAGGUGCCCCAAGCAUUAAGACUAGGGUUAAAGAGGGCAAAGGGAAGCUUGGGCUUCAGACCCCAUUCCCACCUGCAACCCUUAACAGGUACAGCCCAUGGGAAAGCAUGAGGUUUGCAUAUCUACCAUGCAGAUAUCACCAUGUGGCCACUGGGUCCUGCCAAACUGGACACCAGAUGUACUGUGUGUGCCCUUCAGGUCCAGGUGACCUGCAGCCUGAGUUCCCCGAGCCCAGGCCAGCCCAUCAAGGCCUCUGCCCUGUCAUUACCAAGGUGUCUGGUGCCCAUUCGGCCUGUCCUCAUCACUGUCUGCGGUCAGUAGAAUCAGUGUUUUCUCACAGGACUCUAGGGUCAGGGAGAAAAACCCUAUCCAGACUGAUUUACCAUUAAAAAAGAAUAAAGAACCAGCUGUUUUGGUUGCUAAGAGUA